CUAAAAUACAAUAUAAUAUUGUCGUCGUACAGGUCAGUUAUAUAAUAUGUAAUUAUUUUUAAAAGAAGACAGUAACAAGAUAGUAAUUUUUCUUAAACAGUAAUAUAGUGUUACUCGACCUUUGUUUAAUUUAUUUAUGAAUAAUUUUACCGCUUCAUCAAAUGCCAGGUGUUCAUUUUCAAAUCAUACGUAUACAGUAGGUACGUGUGUACAAUGAGUACAUAACAUGCUCACAUAACAUCGGUCGUACAUACAUAACAACAUUUUCGGGUCAAAUCGUCAAGAACGCAAUACAUUUUUUUCGGACCCGGCUGUAAGGAGCGAUUAUGAGGCAUGGCGAGUACGCUCUAGCAGCAGAUGAGCGUCUGGACCACGUUGCUGGCGAUGGCCGCCGUCGCGGUCGUCACAGUCACCGGUAAUUACCCAACGUUCGAAGGCGCCGUCGAGUUUAGGGACAGCUUGAUGGUGCCAGCCGGUGCGCCCGUUGGGUCACUUAUCUAUCGAUUAAGGGCUUCCGACCACGACAAGGACUAUCCACUGUAUUUCCAAGCCACCGAUUUUGGUAGCUAUGUGAUAAGAAUAGAAAAUCUUCCGUGUCCCCCAAACACCACGGUCGGUUGUCAGGCAGACGUAUACUUGGAUCGAGUGCUGAUUCCAGGUCAGACAUUUCAAUUCAGGAUAACGGUGCGGGAUACUAGAGGAGACACCACUACAGUGCCAGUUAGACUGGUGGCUACCGAAGCUCGGAGUGAUGUCGAAACGAUAUUUCCUCACAUUCCUGCAAUCAUUAUCGUGCCCGAAGAUGUCAAAGUCAAUACUGAACUAGAAUACGUGAUCGUCAAGAAAAAUACGGAAUCGCGGAAGUCGGCCAGCAUUGAAUUAAGGGGAUCUCCGGAAUUGACCAUAGGUAGACUGCGUAUGAACAAGGACACGACCACUGGUACGAUAUCAGUGUCCCGGCCGCUGGACUUCGAGACCAGGAACAUGUACCGACUGCAAGUGGUCGCAUUGGAUAUGUACGUGGAGAUCGGCAAAGAUUCCAGAAACGCGGCGGCGUUCGAGGUCAUCGUGGUCGUGGAAGACGUGCAAGACACGCCGCCGAUAUUCACCCGACUUGAAACAAUAGUGCAUCUGCAUAACAACAUGUCCAUUGGAGACAUUGUGACCAAAGUAGAGGCAAUUGACGGCGAUAGGGGUCGACCUCGACGAAUUAAAUACGGUUUGGUCUCGGAAAAUAGGCCUUUCACUGUGUUGUUCGAAAUAGGUCUAUUCUCAGGUGAGGUAAAAUUGAAGAGAUCUAUGUCAGAGCUGACUAAAAUAACCGGUGGGAAACAACCAGCCAUAUUGACCGUGAUAGCCGACGAAGAAGUGACCGGGACUGGAGAGCCUGCGGCCAUGUCCACCCUGGCCGACUUAGUGCUGAUAAUCGACGACGUGUCCAAUCGUCCGCCGUACUUCCACAACUCAAAUUACGCUUGCCGUUUGAACGAGAAUAGCGGUCAAGGGACGACGUUGGUGUUCACCGACGGUUACGUAUUGCAAGUGCACGACGACAGUACGAGCAAGGAUUCUGUGUACGCACUGACUUUGGAAAACAAUAACGGAACUUUUGAAGUGACGCCUGCCGUGAUUGACAGACGUGGCCGGUUCACUAUUAUGGUGCGCAACAAUCAUCUGUUGGACUUCGAGAGUACUCGGUCGGUCCGUUUCGAGGUGUUGGCGACAGAAUUGUCGUCGUUACAUGGCGGUGGCGAUGACACGAACCGCACUCGGACUUCAGCCAGGGCGGCUGUGGUUGUGUACUUGGACGACGUUAACGACAACGCCCCACGAUUCACGAGUGCCUCAUACGACGUCCAACUGCCUGAGAAUGCCACGGCUGGUGUCCGCGUGACUACCGUCGAGGCCGUGGAUCCGGACACCGGACUGUUCGGUAAUGUUCGGUACACGGCCGUGUUGGGCUUCAAGAAUUCGUCGUUGGUGCUCGACCCGAUUACUGGCGUUAUCUUGGUAUCCAACGACAAUCACGGGUUCGACCGAGAAGAAUCCGCGGAGUACAGAUUAACUGUGGAAGCUCGUGACAUGGAUGGAAGUGGUUUGGCAACAACCGUGCCACUCAACAUACACGUAUUGGACAUAAACGACGAAACGCCAGUUUUCCAGGACACACCGAUCCAGUUUGUCUUGACACAAGAUAUGCGUAACUUCACGGAACGAGCUUUCAUCAAGGCUAUAGACAAAGACGCAGAAGCCCCGAACAACGUAGUGCGUUACGAGAUAAUAAACGGCAACUACAACAAUCGCUUCACCCUGAAUCCAGAAACCGGAGAAUUGUUCUUAUCCAACGAUGUGUACGAUUCAAGCCGGACUAGAAGGGACUCGACAAACAGCGCAUUCGUUGUACUCACAGUCAGGGCUUACGAUUUAGGCGUCCCCCAUCGGUGGUCUACGACACAAGUAAGAAUUUAUCCACCGUCGUCCGGUGCCAGACAAAUGACGUUUCUUAUCCCUGCUUCGAUGGAUGUAGCAGCCGUACACAAUUUGUUAGAACGCCUGACGGGCGGUAAAGUGACCAUUAAUUCUAUAAAGCCCAACUAUGAACACGUCCAACGACCUGCUGCCAAUGCAGAAAAAAAUAUUGUGACCGCCACUGUUGCGUACAAUACGAAUACCGUAAUCGACGUCGAUGAAUUCCGAAAACACGUAGCCCAGUGCAGUAAUGAAGUCCAAAUGGCCCAAGUAGAUUACCACAACCAUAAAAAUCUGUCUUUCUGGUUGAAUUUAUUAUUAAUGCUAGCCAUUUUGUUGGCGGUAUUAUCACUGUUAUUUUGCUGUUGUUAUCAACAAUAUCUACGAUUUCUUUACAAUAAACUUCACCACGACGACCACAUGAAAAACAAAGGUAUUCAAGCGUCUUCUCCAAAUUCUAGUGAACCGGCAGAAAACGACCCUCGACAUAAAGUAUAUAUUUUGAGUGAAAAACCGGUAACUCCAAUUCGAAUAGCGAAAAGAACGAGGACUAUGGUGAUACCGAAUAUGGUUAAGAAAAAAGCGAGCGCAGAGUCAUUGCUCAUAGAGGACGUCGAAGGUAAUGAAUAUAGGAUCAUAGACAAACGAAAGUCUUGGUCCGACGAAACAACCGACACUAGACAAGAAAUGUUUUUCAAACAAGGCAACGCGGAAAUUUUACGUAUAAUGUCUAAUGAUUCGUUGGAAGUAAUGGACUCGGCGUCCAACGUGGGCGGAUUUAAUGUAUUUGACGAAUUGGCCGGUAAAAAAGUAAUUAUGAACAAGUUUUUAAACAGUCAGCCGGACGAAAUCGUGGUUAAAGAUCAAUACAAUAGUAGCGUCAAAGGAAAUGUAGAGAAAACGCAACUCGAAGAAAUAAAAAAAGAAGACAUUGAAGAAGAACAAAAGAAAAUGACCGCAUUUCAAAGAGACGUGUUAUUAACCAAGUUUUUGGCGGAAGAACAGCAAAAGUUGAUGACGAAACUGGAGACGAGGAGUUUGCCGGGAGCCAAUAUGGCCACGCAGACGGAGAUGCACGCCGGAACGCAGACGACUAGGUCGUGUUUGCGAGUCAACGGCGGCGACAGGCGGAGUCGGAGUUACGACGACCGGGAGUGUUCUAGGUCUGCGCACUGCCCGCGCCGGUCGUCCAGCAUGCCUCGUAGACAGUUGUUCAACAGCCCGAUCAUGGAGGAGACGGGCAGCGGUUCGGGCGCCAGCAGCGGCUUGCGGUCGUCGUUGGCGGGACGCGGAACCACGGGCCCGGGAUCGGUAGCGGGUGGAUCGGGAUCGGUAGCUGGGGGAUUGGGAUCUGUACCGGGCGGAUCAGGCGUAGGAGCGAGAACGGGACCGGCACGGCGGCGGCUGUUCGCCACGUCUUCGGCGUCGUCGUUGUCGGCGGACGUGGUGGACGCGGAAAAGCGCAAGUCUCGGUCCUACUCUAGUAUUAGGGAGCUCGACCUGGACAGGCAGUUGCAGUACAUGACGCCAUCGCUUAGGUCCCGGGCGCUGGCCCGAAGGCGGUUAUCCACGUCGUUGCCGCCGCACGGCUACAGGGCACCGUGCAGGUCUGUGCAAAUGUUGGAAAAGAAGAGCGUGUUCACCAUAGCGUACGGCGACGUGGCCACGCAAAAGAUCAACUGCAGCGCCGACUCGUCCUCCAAUAAUUGGGAAUGAUGUUGGCUUUCUCCCCCGCCGACCACCGUACCUAUAUGAGCUAUAGAUGUGUGUCAUUGUGAUGACACAAAAAUAUUAUUGAAUCGCGACCGAAAAUCAGUAUAUUAUUAUAAUUGUUAUUAUUAUAUUCGUACACAAUAUAAACGUAUAUAUAUAUAUAUAUUUAUGUAUUACU